CGGGCGAGCAGGGGGCUGACUCAGUGGAUGCGGGGAGGCAGCGUGCGGCGAGCGCACCUCUCCUCCCAGCCCCCUCGCCAUCAGACCGGUGGCUCCCUGCCAUUGGCUCGGCGCGGCAGACCGGCAACGCCGAGCGCUCUAUAACAGCAUGCCUGCUCCCGCCACGGCAACAGACGCUCGCGGGGAGAGGGGGAGAGCCGGUAACUCGGGCGCAGAGGAGUGAGGAAGCGCGGAGUGGAGACCGGACCGCACGCAGGGGGGAACAGAGCUGCAAGCGAGCCCCCAAACACACACACACACACACACACACACACACACACACACACACACACACACACACACACACACUGCGAUGAAGAAUCCAGCCGUCCCUUCUGAACCGGAGGACUGACCCGUGCCUCUGGGCAGAGGAAGGGGGGUUUGCACUUGUGUGGAUCGGUGGAGUUGUGUGCAGUGCAUCCUCUCUCCAGGGACAGCGUUCUACCUCUCUCUCUCUGUCUCUCUCUCUCUCUCUGUCUCUCUCUCUCUCCCUCUCUCUGUCUCUCUCUCUCCCCCUCUCCCUUGUUGCUCUCUCUGCUCGGACCAUUCGCACGCCCGUGUUCGGACACAGCGGCCGCCCCAUGGCUUGUUACUACAUCGUCAUCAGCUCCACGCACCUCAGCAACGGUCACUUUCGGAACAUCAAGGGAGUUUUCCGGGGUCCCCUGGGAAAGAAUGGGAGCAAGAACUUGGAUUAUGCGGAGAAGGAGAAGACGAUGGUCAAAGCGCUGGAGGACCUGAAGGCCAACUUCUACUGCUCCCUGUGUGACAAGCAGUACUACAAACAUCAGCAGUUUGACAACCACAUCAACUCAUACGAUCACGCCCACAAACAGAGACUGAAGGAGCUGAAGCAGAGGGAGUUCGCUCGCAACGUGGCCUCCAAGUCCAGGAAGGACGAGAGGAAACAGGAGCGAGCUCUCCGACGCUUACACGAGCUGGCGGAGAGGCGCAGAGAGGUCAAAUGUGCCCCAGGGAGCGGCCCCAUGUUCAAGUCCACCACCGUAGCAGUGGAGGGCAGCUUUCAGGAGGCGUGCUGUGGAGGGGGUACAGGGGUACCCCUCUCCGCUGCGGCACCGGACACAGGAGUUCAGAGCGACGUCCUCAGCGCUCGCCUGCCCGGCAACGGCAAGCUGGCCCCCUCAUCCAGCACCAGAAAACAGGUCUACGGACAGAAGAUCGCCUUCUCCUUCUCCUUCCCAAAGAAAGCGUCUGUGAAGCUGGAGUCGUCGGCCGCGGUGUUCUGUGAGAAUGCAGAGGAGGGGUCGGCCAAGCAGGGCUGCAGACAGAGGCUCAGGGCAGCCUCCAUGGAGCUGAGCUCACCUGGGGGGCCAGCCGUGGAAGGAGCGCUGAAUACCGGGGAGACGGUUUACAGCAUUGGUGCACAGUGGACACAGGACAGCUUCACCCACAGGAGUCACCGUGCACAAAGCUGUGGGUCACCUGAGACACACCUGAAUCGUCACCGUGCACAAAGCUGUGGGUCACCUGAGACACACCUGAAUCGUCACUGUGCACAGAGCUGUGGGUCACCUGAGACACACCUGAAUCGUCACCAUGCACAGAGCUGUGGGUCACCUGAGACACACCUGAAUCAGGACAGCCAGGUGCCUGUCGCAGGUGUAUGCGCUUUGCUGGUUAACUCCGAGGACAUGGCCACCCACUGCAGCCCCAAACUGCCCCUAUUUCCUGUUCAUUUGAAUAAUGCUGAUACGGCACAGGAGAUGAAAGAGUCAAUAGAAUGUUUGAAAACGGGCACAGCUGAAAACAAACAGGAUGUGGAGGAACCAGUUGGAGAGUCAUCAGAAGGGGACAGAAGUUUCACUGAGGAGAUAAACUCCCCUGUCAGCAGCUCCUCACCAGUAAAUAACACUGAUAUUUCCACUGAAGUAGACUCCUCACAGUCCCCUGGAAAACAGGCAAACACAGCCGUGAAGACGCCGUGUCCAUUCACAAAGCAGAAUCAGCCUUUCUGUUCCGUCCUGAGCAAAGAUGGCAGCACUGUCCUCCAAUGGCCUUCGGAGAUGCUGACGUACACCAAGACGGACCCAUCCCUGUCCUACAGCUGUAACCCUCUCUGCUUCGACUUCAGAGCGUCCCGGAGCCGAUUGGAGCAGGGGAGUGGUGGGGGCGGGGCCUGUGUGACACACAGUGUUACAUCACCGCAGGUCUAUUUAAGCACUGCAUUUAUCAGCCAAGGGAAGCCAGAGCACAACAAAGGAGUCUCACCUGGACCGGACCCCCGCCCUGCUCAGGAAGGCCCGGACUGGCCACCUGAGCCAGCUGAGGUAAAGGAUGAACACUUGCGUGGUCGUUACGCAGAUUACACGCGAAGCUAUCUCCUAAUGAAAAAACAUGAAAAGUGUAGGAGGCACUCAAGAGAGUCUUUGGAUGCCGGUAAAAGAGGUGUGCAUAAAUUGCGGAGUGGAGUCAGACGACACAGCGGGAGACACAGAAGAAGACACAGGAGGAGAAGCGGAAGGAGGAGCAUAGCAAUGACCAGGGCGACAGGCAGCGAGGAGGGCGACGCUGGGAAAUCUCUGAAAGCCCUGAAGAAGAGCAAGUGUUGGGAGGGAUUCGACAGCCAAUUCAGCAGAAACACUUCACAGCAAUCAGAGUGUUCAGGGAAGUCAAUACAAUCACCUCGAGAUCAAGAUGAGAACGGCAGUCAUGCCAUUGAAGGGGAAGACACAGGAAGUGCUCAGCAGGAAGUGGUGGUUGGCGUGAAUGGUGUGGACAACAGCCAAGCUGAAGACUGUGCCAGUGGGGAAACCACGCACAGCAGCUGUAAGAGGCAUCUGUGCGACCUAUCAGAGGAUGAGGUGAGGACCACGAGACACUGCCCAAAGACCUGCCUAUCGACUCACACAGAGAGACCCUUCACCAUCAGCGAGAGGGGCUGCAGUCCUGACUCCCCACAAAAGCACUCUGCAAAGAGGAGACGAGGAUCUCUGAGCGACGAGGAAGAGAAGAACUCUAAACACCAACUGUGCUCAAACUGUAUGUCCUCGGUGGGAGGAUCCUGUGGGUGGGAAAAGUUUGCCGAUGGAGGGUGGCCUGGAGGUUGUGUGAGGUUCUGCUGUAGGCAGAACAGGAAGAGAAAAGUGUGGAGAAGCUCUGGCGUCUCUCAGAUGUUAGACCCCGAUUCAGAGACGUGCAGCGUGGAGACAGGUGUAUGUGAUGUGGGCGCAGAGAGUCUUUCAGUAAACGCAGGCUCCAGUUCCCCUGGACUUGAAAGAGGUCAGACAAAAGAGUUUGAAGACAUAAACAAAAGGCUAAAAGGUCCUGGUAAAGCUUUAACUGGUGAUGUGAGUACUGAGAGUUCUGUGUUUGGUUCUCUUACACGCAGCAUGGUGGGGGCGGCCCUGAAUGUUCCGGCAGUGAAGUGUGCCGAAUGGGCACCCAGCCCCUCCCCUGCGCCUCUCACUCCCGCAUGCAACGGGGACAGUCUCUCUGUGUCUCUGCUCGCAGGAGACCUCGACAGACCCAGGAAUGAGAGCGUUACCAAUGAGAGUGAGCACACUGAUCCCUCUCAUCACAGCGAAUCACAGGGAGAAACGCUUAAUGCGAAAAGCUGUGAAAAUCCAGCCCUGAAGGAAAUCGUACCACAAAACUCAGAGAACCCAAGCCAUGGCGGAUCAGUCUGGCACGGGUCUCAGAGCCAGACUCUGAGCAAUCACCCAGGUGGCCAGUGGCAGGUGAGGUUGAGCCGACAGCGUGUCGGGCCGGAGAACGCUGGUGGCUCUCCUCACGCCUCUCACCCCGGUCUCCAGCCUCCUUGCAGCAGUGUGGAGAAGCACCGCUUGCAGCAGAUCCAGGCCCACAGACAGGCCCUGCACCAGCGGAUGUUUCCCGGCAGUCUGAAGCCAGCCCUGCCUAGAGCGGCCGUCCCGGUGCCCUCCCCACUCCUGUACCCCGUCCCCCUUCCCCAGCCUGUCUCCCCCGCCUCCAUCACCAUCCUACACCAGCGCACCACCUUCCUCCACCCCCAGCCCCCACUCCUUCCCCAGGUCCUACCCCUCACUCGCAUGCCCUUAGGGGCGGAGAUGUGCCACCCGGGAACCCCCUUCAUGCCUCCCGCCCCGGCCGCGGUGGCACCACCCAGCCUCCACCCCGUCAACGUGAUCAUCCACACCCUGCCCCGCCCGGCCAUCUUCCCGUCGAUGCUGCCAGCCCAUCCUGCUGUCAUCCCCCUCCAGCCACUGCUAUGAGGCGGACAUCACCACCACCCCAGUAAGACGGGCCUGGUUACUCUGUGUGCAGGUGAUUGCUCUCCACGUCACCCAAAGCUGUGCUGUUUGUAUCGCUCGCUGUUUUUGCUCUGGAAGUUUUCCUCAGAGCGGAAAAAAAAAACUCUGGAAUUACUUCCAUACGAUGGACCUCAGAAGCCGCUCCCGAAAAUGAAAGGGGCGUUGCAACCCGUCUGUCUUUAAUCACUCCAGUUCUACAGGGACAGCAUGAAUAUAUCCAGAAAAUUUUUGAGUUGUUGGAUUAAGGAGGUGUGUGUGGCUUCUCCUUCAGAUGAAAGCUUGUCAAACUUGCACCUUUUUGUUGUCCUUU